AACUGAGAACAAAUCCGGCCUGGGAUAGGAGGAUAUGGAUGAGUUAGAGAUAGAGUUCGGACGACGGAGCUUUGAACAGACAGGCGAAGGAACUCCGUGUCCGCCUUCGUCGCACGCCCCGAAGUCGAGUUCAUAAACAGCUCAGACUAGCCUGAAGAAUCCAAUUAUACGGGCAGAUCUUAUUGAGAUGCGGGAAUGAGACGUGGUGCGAACAGAGACUAGUGGCAUGGCAAACAUAUAUGUCAGCAACUGAUAGUUUGGGGUCUUGAGUUGUUCCGUCUGCGCCUUCUCAGAGUUUCCAGGAACAUUAUUAACAAGCGUGUUUUCAGUUAAAACAAUUCUCAUGAACUGUGACAUAUUGGGAAAUACAUACGAAGGGAGCGAAAUCUGCGCACUGCAAACACUACGUUAACUGGUCACGGACUAGACCUCCGGUGGUCGCGCACUAAGCUGCUGAUAUCUCAUCCCUAGGUUGCCAUCGAGGCGAGUGCACCUUUGCCGAACCGUGUCCACCAAGGCGGUCAAGUGUUCAAGUCGUCUCUGAGGAACCUCUAACUUCAUCCACCAUGUACGGAGAAGUGUUACCUGCUCAUCCUGCGUAUCUAGACCCCUAUAAUUACACCGCACACUUUCGACCAGGACAUAGGGCGGCGACUUUGGGUUCUCCGUCAGAUGUAACAAUGUUACAAGAUCAAGCGAUUCCGGGAGUUCCCUCUCCCACAUCAAGCAUGGUCCCAUCGUUUGGCUUCACGCAGGAACAAGUCGCCUGCGUUUGCGAAGUGCUGCAACAGGGAGGGAACAUAGAGAGACUCGCCCGCUUCCUCUGGUCUCUACCCGCCUGUGAACAUCUCCACAAAAAUGAAAGUGUCCUCAAAGCAAAGUCCGUGGUCGCUUUUCACAGGGGCAACUUUAAAGAGUUAUACAAAAUUCUGGACAACAACAGCUUUUCCCAGCAUAACCAUCCCAAAUUACAGGCGCUGUGGUUAAAAGCGCACUAUAUAGAGGCGGAAAAGUUGAGGGGCCGGCCGCUGGGAGCCGUUGGGAAGUACCGAGUACGGAGAAAAUUCCCUUUACCACGGACCAUUUGGGACGGCGAGGAAACUAGUUACUGCUUUAAGGAGAAAUCACGGAAUGCACUGAAGGAAUGGUACACUCACAACCCUUACCCAUCACCGAGAGAAAAGCGGGAGUUGGCAGAGGCGACAGGAUUAACCACAACACAAGUUAGCAACUGGUUCAAAAACCGUCGACAGAGGGACAGGGCGGCCGAGCAAAAAGAACGAUUUGGCGAUCAGAAUUCACAAGGUAGCCUGAAGGACCAAGCGUCACCGACCACAGACGGGAGCAAAGAGGACAGUCUUGGGGGAUUCCCCUCCAAACACGAGGGCGGAAGUCCAUCACCGGACCAACCGAUUGACCAUUCUCAUGUUUAUGCGGACCUGCAACGACCUUCUCCCUUACAGCACGUGCAUCACCAUGACACCCACAACAAUGCUCUCAUGGCUUCCCAUCAUAUGGUGACACCGACGGGUCAUCACAGUCAUCACCAUCACCCAGUGCUCCAUCAUCCUGGCAUGUCUUUAUCAAAUGGCCAUGAUAUCAGUCAGGUAAUGGUGGACUAUCAAGCCUUAUGACCUGAUUUAGACCAUUUCCUGACAGGGGAUUUGGGCCAUUGAACAAAAACUGUUCUUUCGACGUAUGAACAUAGUGUGUCACUAUUAAAGCCCUACUUUAGAGACGUCCUUGUGUGAUCAGUUUUCAGUGCUGUCAACCCAUAAGGGUUUAGGCCCCUGUUGAUAGAUGGGCCCGUUGGGUGGCGCUGUUCAGUAUUCAGCCAUCAUCAGUAUUGUGUAUAGACGGACAACUGGAGUUGUGCAAAUAGUGAAUUCAAAUGUGACUCUAAGUGAAAAGUAUGGGCCGCCAGAUGACAGAUAAGUCCAGAAGUGCAACCAUACGGGAAUUCUCCAUAUUCAAGCCAAAGUUAAAAUGACUGCAGCUGGAUGGAAAGUGAAACGUUAUACAGUUUUGAAGGAAACUUAGUUUUGACAAAAAUUCUGUCUACAUCAGAUUUUCUGAACUCCGGCAUAACAAUAAUCCAGAUCUUUAUAGAUUCAAACAAUCUCCCUUUGCGCGAAUAAAUGUGGUAGUAAUUCGUGCGUAUAUAAGAAACAUCACACGAUGUUACUGUAUUAGUCAGAAUUCAUUUGUGUUCGCGCAUUCAGAUCCACGAUGAUUUUAAUACUAUGAAGGCAUCGUUUAUAACUUAAAGCUGGACUGCAAUAAGGCAUUUGUGAGACUUUUUUGUGUGCCCUGAAGCUGUGCUAAAAAUUGCUACCCCAUGACGGACGGUUAGUAAGUAGGAAUUAUGUUCACUGUGUAACGCAUGUUGUGGAGAAUAGUCCAUGAUGUUAAAGUAUUUUAUUGCUUCUGUACUUAUAGCUUAAUGUGUUGGUGCUGUAUAAUCUCCAUUGUUUUCUGGAGGACCGUAAUUAAAUUCGUGAAUAAGCAUAAUGUCUUUAAUAUUCUUCCUAGUUAUAUGACCUCAAAUGAGAAGAAAUGGUUGUUGAAAUAAUUAAGGAGGACUCAUCUUUGUUGAAUAAGGGGUCAUUUCGUACCAUUUAUACCAUUUAAUGCGUCUUACAGAAUGAAUAUGAAUUUUUUUUAACCAUUUAAGUAUCUUCGAAGUAGACCAUAGAAUUUUGUGCACUGAGCCUCUCUCUACUGCUUUUAUUUCAGUGUUACGUGUUACGUAACGGUUUUGUUCAUCCUUUUCUAAACGUGCCAUUGUUUACACCAGAAAAUAUGUAACCCCUGUGAUUCUUUAAGAAAAACGUUCAGUCACCGUAUGUCUGUACAGCCAUUUUUUGUUUUGAUAUUACCAAUAUUUAUUGCCAGUUGCUCAUGUGUUGUUUGCAGGUACUGUUAAUAUUAUAAUCACUAUUUCUAUUGUCUUUUUCACACCGACCUUGUAACUCCCGAAAAGCAUAGUACAUGUACAUAACUUGCCAUUUACAAUUUAUAUCCCCUACUGUUUCUUUAUACGACCGACUUUUCUUGCACAUUUUAAGAUGAAAUAACAAUGUUAUUUACGACUAAAACAGCUUUGUUCAUUCAUUAAAAGACAAUUAUCUUGCAUUUCCUUGUCUAUGUUAUGUAUAUUUUAUACACUUUUCUGGGAAGAUAACCUCGUGAAAGAUAGGCAAAAUCCUUCAAUACAUAAUGCCCCAGCAAGUUUAACGUGUUGGUGUCAGUAAAGGUGUGCGAAUGUGUGUUUUAUAAUUUUAUACAGUAAUUUUAACAUGUUAAUUUUAAUUUACUGAAUUUUUGUUUAAGAAUUUUCCUUUGCGAUUUCGGAAAACCGAAACUCUCUUCAGGAACAACAAAAUAAUAAUAAGAUUAGAGGUUAGGCAGUGAAGAUUUAUAUAAUCAGUCCUUACUACAAUCAACACUUUAGCAUCACUGUAUCCCCGAAUAUGUUACUCCGAACGUGGCUAAACUUAAACUAAAAUUUAGACUUAUUAAGUCAAAAUAUACAAUUUCAGAAUUCCACAUAAGUCAUUUUCGUAUAAGUGUGGAUGACCACGAGAAUACCUAUGUCACACAGUUCUCUAGAAUUUAGUGUUAAAAUAAUAUUUUUGUUUGACAGAUUCGUGAGCUGUACAGAAUACCGUUAUUUUUACGUGAACUUGCAUUAUGUGUUUGUAAUGGCUAAGUUCUCUGUUCUUAUUUGAGUAUUAUCAUUGGCCUCAAUGAACUCUGGGACAAAAUCUCUUCUAUGGGCACCUUUUUUUUGUCCUAAAAGUAUGUCCAGUUAGUUCUGUACAUAGUGCCAGACCUAAUGCUGAGCAGUGGCGUCAUGAUGUCGCCGACAUUGUUGUGAUUUGUCACUACCAUCGUGACGUCCAGAAUAUAAUCCAAUCCUGUUUCAGAUGUUUCCUCAGAGCUUGGGCCCACGGCCGGUGUCAAAUGUCCCUCGGGUCGCUGUGUCAACACUUAAAGGGUUUGAUAAUACCAUUUUAGCCCGCCCUACUUUUAGCGGAUUCAACUGUCAUGUAUAAAACAAACUGCCUGUUACAGACAUUGGGACAAAUAGUGCUAACUCUCGUCUUAACGGAAUAGAGUGCUCAUUACACAAACAUCCAUCUCACCAGAUGUGGCAAAUCGAGUGCCGCGACAGACACUGAUUGGCCUUGUUUAAUGGUGAAUUACUUUGAUCGCUUAGAAAGCUCAUACAGAUCUUUAACCAUUAAAUACACCAGCGUGUAAUUCGGGAAGACCAAACUCUUUUAUUUACUAUUUUCGUUACACCAAACAAGUUAGACAUAUUGCAUAUUUUUAAAUAUGUAAAUUUUUGGCUGUGAUAUUACUUUAAUCAAAUAAUUCCAAGGCGUUUCCAUUUUGGAAAAAUAGUGGGGAAAUAGUUUUAACAGUUAUUUAACUUUUCUGCAUGUUGUACUAAAAACAUUCUACAUUAUUCUGUUUUCUGAACUAUUAAAUUGUUUAAAACCCUGUCAGCUACUUAAAACUAAUAUGUAAAUUAUGAAACAAUAAGAUGAAUGUAGUUGUGUCUGUGUAUGUUUGUACCAUGUACAUGUAUGUCAAUCUAGGUUUGUUUUAGUCUCCAAUUCAGCCACAAAGCCCAGCAUACAGCAAAGUAAUAUUCCCAAACCAGUCCUUUUCAAUAAAUAAUUAC